UGAGACAUUUGACGUCUGCUUACAUCAAAUAUACGACCAGCAUGCUAUAUAGAGUCACUACACGUAAUGAGGCGUCUUUGAUCAUCACGCUUUUCUCUUUUCUGCUGUCGGUUCUGGAAAUUUCUAUACCAGAGUAUGACAAUGUGUUAUUGACGAGCAUGAAAAGGAUUGAUAUUAAUUAACUCUUAUUGAAAAUGGAGUGCUGUAUUUGAGUCAAUGAUUUGACAUUAUAAUUUGAUCGGAACUCUAUAAAUUGUGUAAUAUUUUGACCAGUGAGUGAUUUAUAUUUCAUGAAGGAAAAGUAUGAAGGUAAAGGAAUGGACUUAAAAUCUGAUAAACGAGAAAACUUUAUAAUUGCGUAAGAGGUGUACAAGAUGGAUGACUGACUGAUUUUAUAGAAAUAUAUAAUGUCUUCUGAGGAUGGGAAUGUGUAGUAUGUACCACCGGAGAACACAUCACAACAACAGUCAUAACAUCCUCAUUAACGUGAUAGAACCUACUAGCACCGGAGUACCCGAGGCAGCCAUUUGUAAUACCUCAGUCAGAAAUAGCUCCGACAACCAUCGCCACAACAACACUAGUUCUGAGAGCAAAAUUCAGCUCAUAAGUUUAGAUAUUCCAGAUAACCAUGGCAACAAAUCUUCAGUCCAAAGUAACAUGUGAUGUCAUGAUAAGCUACAAUAUAAAGGACAUAGAAUUCGCCAGGAAGCUCAAAGCCAAAUUUGAGGAACAAGGAUGGGUAGUGUGGUACACUGACCCAAAACAGGAUGCUAAGUUGAACCUCAGCCAGAAAGGGGAGGCAAUUCUCAGUUGUAAGGUGUUUGCCAUGGUAAUCAGUGAAGCUACAGCCAAAGACUCGCACUGUCAGGAUGAACUAGCUCUGGCCUACAUCUCUAAUUCUAAUAUCUUCCCGAUUGGUCUGAGUAAAUUUAGAGACAUCAACCCCCACCUGGAUGGGGGCGUAAAACUGAUGCUGGCGAAGAUUAACUGGACCUUCUUCUUUAAAGACGGGAUGUGGGAUAUGAACAUGCCGGCGCUGUUAGCCUCAAUGCGGGAGUCGUUUGAUCAUGAGGAACAGCCCCAGGACACGUUAGCUGAGGAGACAGGAACGCUACAAUUCCAUGGAAUGAACAUUAACAUCAAUUUUGACAGUAACAAUGGCAACGAGUCGGACCAGGAGAGCAGCUCAGAUAGCUCUUCAGAUGAGGAGGUAGAAUACACUCGCCCAACUACUGCGGCAACCACACGAUCAGUCCGCAGUGCCAGGGGCAGACAACUUCGCUACGACUUCUGGGAUCGCAAUUUCAGAGGCAAAGCAGAAGUUCCUUGGACCACGUUUCGUCAGAAAUUUGAAAAUGACUAUAAAGAAAAAAUAAUAAUGAAGUAUUCAGAAGACAAACUGAAGUUUUUCUUGAAUUUGAUGUAUAAAGAUAUCUUUACUUUAAACAAGACUGUGAAACGGUCUAUAUAUGACAGUUUCUGUGAGGGAAACCCUGACGCAGACCCCCACCGAUUCUAUAACAGAAUUCAACAGUACGUUGUGGGUUACUACGCCAUGCAUGCCGUUUUCAACAUGACCAGCACCAUGCGACUUACAACCAUACAGAAUCUUGGAAAUUUUACGUUCCCUGCGGUGGUGAAGGGUCUAACAGAAAUGCUGCAUGACGAAGAUCCUAACAUUCGAGCCGUCGCUACCAUCGCACUCGCUAAGUCUGCAAAAUCCAGGAAGAUGACAGUGGACAAGAUCAUCAGUAAACUCGACGAUGAUGACAGACUAGUGAGAGAGAGUGCUUGUCUGGCCCUGGGUUACCUUAAGGCUGGCGGCAAGAGUGAGUCCGCCGUUGCAGAUCGCUGGAGGAACGAUCCCAUUAAGUCGGUAAGGGAAGCCGCAGAGAUCGCUCUUAAAAGGAUGGGUGGGACCCUCGCUGAUAAGUGCAUGCAUGUCACCAACGUCAUCUCCAAGGAAAUGGACAGUCUCCGAACUUUGGAGACUUAAGUUGACCAGCUACAAACUGGUUGACCACUGAAUCUCAUAUCUCAGCUGACCUACACAUGAAUGAUGACCUAGCUGACCCUGAGGCUGACCAGUAAAGCUUGACCAGCUUGCCUGAUGGACAUUAUGGCAGAUAGAUUAAAUCCAGUCCCUCUGGACAUUUAAAAUGACAAGUGAAUUUCACCGGAAAUUAAUAAUUAUGAAUUUCUGACUCAAAAUAUUGUUCAGGUAUUUUUACUUUAACUUGUGUUAUCCUGAUCAAAAAUAUUUCAAAGUACUUGUACAUAUAUAAUGUUAAGUAUGUAUUAAUUGCAAUAAUUUAAAUUAUACAUGUAUAUCAAUAUUAGUCAUGCUACUGAAAUACUAUGUUUCUGAAGGGGUUUCAGUACAGUUGUAUGUAUAUUUUCUCAUAGAUUAGGUGUUUCUAUAGGGGCUGUGAUAGCUCAGUCGGUUAGAGCACCAGCCACAUCAUCUCAGAUAAUUAUCUGAGGUGUGAGGUUCGACGCUCCCUACCUGUGUUAGUGUUUCUCGGGAAGCUAAGAAAGGACCCGUCUGUGCUGUCAUGGUUGUGUCCUUGGGUAAGACACUUUACCCUAAUUGCUCUGGAUGGCAUGCAACGGACCUCCCGUAUGUUGUUCAUGCAGUGAGGUAGUCACCAACUACUACCAGGAAACACUGCCUCAAAAUGACCCUGGCUGUUCACAGGGCAAUAAAUCCAGCAAACAAACAAAAUGAUCGGGGGAAUAUACCCCACAAUCUAGAAAUCCUAGAAUCUCAGAAUUAGGUCAGUGUACACCGGUGGUUCGGUGAAUUUCAGACAAAUGUUAGCUGCAAUCUUAUAUACACUGAUGUUGCCAUCAAUGUGUUGUUUGCUCAGUAAAAUAUCCAAACAGCAUAUAAAUAUUGACUUAAGAUCACAAUGGACUUAGUUUCACUACAGAAAUGUAAUGAAAUUGAAUCAUUGAUAAAAAUACUCAUUGCUGUUAAUUAGACAUAUAUAUGUAUCUUAGUCAUAGAAAAUUUUCUUUGUAAUUUUAAAAUUAUAUCAUGCAGAUUGACAUAUUUUUGUUACAUGUAUAGAAAUUUUCCUUUCUAAUUUUUUAAUUAAAUCAUCGGGAUUGAAAUUUUUUGUCACAUGGAUUUUCCUUUCUUGUUUUAAAAUCAAAUUAUGAGAAUUGAACUAGAUAAUAAAGUUGUUUAUCACUGUGAAGACCUGGAGCCAAAGUGCUUUAGUUAUAUAUAUGAAACGUUUCACAGAUUAUUCAGAGUGCACAUAGAUUUUUGGUCUAAACAUCAAGAAACCAAUUGUUUAUCUAUUUCAAUCGUUAAAAAUUUAAUAUUAGAAAUGAAACUUGUGAAACACGGUACAAGAACUUGUAAAUUAAUGCUCUACUAUUAAAUAAAAUGUAAUUGUUUCCACUGUUUAACUGUUUUAUGUUUGUAGAAAGAUAUAUGUUUCUUAAUUAAAUUAUUGGACUCUUA